GGCGCGGGCAGCGCGGCGGCGGCAGCGCGGAGCCCCCGCGCCAUGGGCGGGCGGCGCGGAGCGGCGCGGAGCCGGCCCGCCCGGGGGUAGCCGGCAUGAACUGAGCAUGGCGAGCGGCCUCGGCCCGCGCUGGCCCCGCCGAGCGGCCCCGGGCGGCGGCGGAGGGCUCCUGCUGCUUCUGCUCUGCGCCGCGGCGGGGCUGCCCCGGAGCGCACAGCAAGUGCUGCGGAUCGGAGGGAUAUUCGAAACUGUGGAAAAUGAACCUGUUAAUAUUGAAGAAUUGGCGUUCAAGUUUGCUGUCAGCAACAUUAAUAGAAACAGAACACUGAUGCCUAAUACCACAUUAACCUAUGACAUCCAGAGAAUUAACCUUUUCGAUAGUUUUGAAGCCUCAAGGAGAGCCUGUGACCAGCUGGCGCUGGGCGUGGCGGCGCUCUUCGGGCCAGCGCACAGCUCGUCGGUCAGCGCCGUGCAGUCCAUCUGCAACGCCCUGGAGGUGCCGCACAUCCAGACCCGCUGGAAGCACCCCACCGUGGACAACAGGGACGCCUUCUACAUCAACCUCUACCCCGACUACGCCGCCAUCAGCAGGGCCGUCCUGGACCUCGUGCUCUACUACAACUGGAAGAUCGUCACCGUGGUGUACGAGGACAGCACAGGUCUAAUUCGCCUGCAGGAGCUCAUCAAAGCCCCUUCCAGAUACAACAUUAAAAUCAAAAUCCGCCAGCUGCCCUCUGGGAACAAGGAUGCCAGGCCCCUGCUGAAGGAAAUGAAGAAGGGCAAGGAGUUCUACGUGAUAUUCGAUUGCUCACACGAGACAGCAGCGGAAAUCCUCAAGCAGAUUCUCUCCAUGGGAAUGAUGACAGAAUACUACCACUACUUUUUUACAACACUGGACCUGUUUGCACUGGACCUGGAGCCCUACAGGUACAGCGGGGUGAACAUGACGGGCUUCCGGCUGCUCAACAUCGAGAACCCGCAGGUGUCCUCCGUGGUGGACAAGUGGUCCAUGGAGCGGCUGCAGGCGCCGCCCCGGCCCGAGUCGGGGCUCCGCGACGGCACCAUGACGACGGACGCCGCGCUGAUGUACGACGCCGUGUACAUGGUGGCAGUGGCCUCCCAGCGAGCCUCCCAGAUGACGGUCAGCUCCCUGCAGUGCCACCGCCACAAGCCCUGGCGCUUCGGGCCCAGGUUCAUGAACCUCAUCAAAGAGGCACGGUGGGAGGGCCUCACCGGGCGCAUCACCUUCAACAAAACCGACGGGCUCCGGAAGGACUUCGACCUGGACAUCAUCAGCCUCAAGGAGGAAGGCACGGAAAAGAUUGGGGUCUGGAACUCCUACAGUGGCCUUAACAUGACGGACAGCAACAAGGACCGCUCCACCAACAUCACGGACUCCUUGGCCAACCGCACGCUCAUCGUCACCACCAUUCUGGAAGAUCCCUAUGUGAUGUACAAGAAGUCUGACAAGCCCUUGUAUGGCAACGACAGAUUCGAGGGGUACUGCCUGGACUUGCUGAAGGAGCUGUCAAACAUUUUGGGGUUCAUCUACGAGGUCAAACUCGUUUCUGACGGCAAAUACGGAGCCCAGAAUGACAAGGGAGAGUGGAAUGGGAUGGUCAAGGAACUCAUAGAUCAUAAAGCUGACCUGGCUGUUGCUCCUCUCACCAUCACCUAUGUCAGAGAGAAAGUGAUUGAUUUCUCCAAGCCCUUCAUGACACUGGGAAUCAGUAUCUUGUACCGGAAGCCCAAUGGGACCAACCCCGGCGUCUUCUCCUUUCUAAACCCUCUCUCUCCGGAUAUUUGGAUGUAUGUUCUCCUGGCCUGCCUUGGAGUCAGCUGUGUCCUCUUUGUCAUUGCCAGGUUUACACCAUAUGAGUGGUAUAACCCCCACCCGUGCAACCCAGACUCAGAUGUGGUGGAAAACAAUUUUACUUUACUAAAUAGUUUCUGGUUUGGAGUUGGAGCUCUCAUGCAGCAAGGAUCAGAGCUGAUGCCCAAAGCUCUUUCCACCAGAAUAGUUGGAGGAAUAUGGUGGUUUUUCACCUUAAUCAUAAUCUCAUCCUAUACUGCCAACCUGGCUGCCUUCCUGACUGUGGAGAGGAUGGAAUCUCCCAUCGACUCGGCCGAUGACCUGGCAAAGCAAACCAAGAUCGAGUACGGGGCUGUCAGAGACGGAUCCACCAUGACCUUCUUCAAGAAAUCCAAAAUCUCGACGUACGAGAAGAUGUGGGCGUUCAUGAGCAGCAGGCAGCAGACGGCGCUGGUGAAGAACAACGAUGAGGGCAUCCAGCGCGUGCUCACCACCGACUACGCCCUGCUGAUGGAGUCCACCAGCAUCGAGUACGUGACGCAGAGGAACUGCAACCUCACCCAGAUCGGGGGCCUCAUCGACUCCAAGGGCUACGGCGUGGGCACCCCCAUCGGGUCCCCGUACAGGGACAAGAUCACCAUCGCCAUCCUGCAGCUGCAGGAGGAGGGCAAGCUGCACAUGAUGAAGGAGAAGUGGUGGCGGGGGAACGGCUGCCCCGAGGAGGACAGCAAGGAGGCCAGCGCCCUCGGCGUGGAGAACAUCGGGGGCAUCUUCAUCGUGCUGGCGGCGGGGCUGGUGCUCUCCGUGUUCGUGGCCAUCGGCGAGUUCAUCUACAAAUCGCGCAAGAACAGCGACAUCGAGCAGUGUCUUUCUUUCAACGCCAUCAUGGAGGAGCUGGGAAUUUCCCUCAAGCACCAGAAGAAGCUGAAGAAGAGGUCGAGGACAAAGGGGAAAUCGUCCUUCCCAAGCAUCCUCACCUGCCAGCAGCGGCGCACGCUGAGGAAGGAAACCAUGGCGUGAGCGGGGCAGGGGCAGCAGGACAGAGCCGCCCUGCCCGAGGGGACAGCGGGGCACUGCUGACGUGGGGACACAACCUCCUGCUCCUCAGAGGCUCCCUGGGGUUUCUUUUUUUAAUCUAGAGGUCCAGCAGCUGAAAUGCUCGCCUAGACUGAUGUACUACUGAUCCUGAGGGAAGUGUCUGGCUCUUCCUCUGGGCUGGAUUUCUCUGCUCACCUGAUCUGCAUCUCUGUCCCCCUCCCCGUGCAUUGCUGUAUGUGCUUUCUAAAUAAAUAAAUAAACAACAGACAGGGUUC